GCAAACAUUGCGGUCUUACUGUUUAGCGAUUCCGGGUCGCCGGCGCAAACUAGUGUGUGAUGGCUUGAAUGGAACAGCAGCACUCGUCUUUGUUGUUAGAAGGCUGCUGUUCUAGGAAAGAUGUCGAUUGUAUCGCCCAACUCAGAACCAAUCGACAAUUUCUAUGACAUACACGAUCAGAUUGGGAGAGGCCAGUAUGCCGUCGUACGUAGAGUCACACACAAGACUACGGGCCUAGAAUAUGCAGCGAAAUUUGUCCGCAAGAGAAGGAAAGGGCAAGAUUGCCGAAGCGAAGUCUGGCAUGAGGUCGAAGUGUUGUGGUCCACCAACCACCCAUACCAGCACACCAAAAUUAUCCAGCUUCACGAAGUAUACGAGACGAGAACCGAGCUAAUCCUUGUGCUCGAACUUGCUCUUGGAGGUGAUCUACACAGGCAUUGUGUUGCGUUGGACUCCGAUGAACCAGCCUCCAGUCGUAGCGAGAAAGAAGUGGUCUACCUUCUGCGCCAGAUCCUGGAGGGUAUUCGACAUUUACAUAAGCAGAACUAUGUGCAUUUAGAUAUUAAGCCCAACAACAUCUUACUGAUGACGGACGAGAUUUAUCCAGAGAUUAAAAUCAUCGACUUUGGUCUGGCCAGAAGGAUCAAGCCCGGAGAGCAGAUAUGUCUCAUUGUGGGAACACCUGAAUAUGUUGCCCCAGAAAUUUUAGAAUUUGAGCCCGUAGGAAAACCAAGUGAUAUAUGGAGCAUCGGUGUAUUGGCUUAUGUGAUGCUUACCGGAAUGUCACCAUUCGCCGGCGACGACAAACAUGAGACGUGCUAUAAUGUGUCCUUAUGCGCCAUCGACUUCCCCGAGAGUCACUUCGACAACAUUUCGUACACGGCACAGGACUUUAUCCGCACGGUUCUUCAGCGAUGUCCCGGAGAUCGCCCCACGGUAGAGGACUGCCUCAGUCACCCUUGGUUGAACACGGAGGAGCUUUCUCAGCGGAGCCCAAGUAGACGAAGCCGUAGAAUAAGCACAGGUACGCGGGAUUCGUCCAAAGACUCGUGCACCAAGGAACACAACAAGCGUAGGAAAAAGUUGAUAGCGGUUCAGCAGAAUAACAGAUUACAGAUCACAACAUGAGAGGGGUGGGGUUAGGCAGGAAGGGGUGUAUUAGCUAGAGGGGUUGCCCAAUACAAGACAGAAUGGGUAAUACCUCUUUAAAAACGCAGUAUACUAAUUUUUGUUAUUUUUUGUAUGAUUUAGUUUCCUAUUCAAUUUGGAGGUAAGGGGGUAAAUGGAGGGUUCAUAUCUAGGUAAUAUAUUACUUUGUUGAGAAAGCAAAUAAUAUUAUUUUAUACUAGAGUAUUCCUGAAUUGCCGGAAUGUCCAGAGCUCUUUAUAUAUAAGGUUUUCGUGAUUUUCAGCUCUGUUUCGUGGAGUUAGGCAUUGUAUGAAAAUAUUAUUAUAGUAAGUUGGAUCAGUUGAACAAACUAUAUCAGUUAAACCAUCGAAAACGAACGCAAAUAGUAAAUAGUAGAAACAGUGCGUCCAAGAUAGCAACGGCGUUAAAAACACCCAGGCGUCUUUGCGAUAAAAAAAUACGCAGUACAGGGCCGUAGCAGGGGGUGGAGCCAUGGAUUUCCGUGCCGCCUCAAUAUUUACAAACAUUUUAAGGAAAUGACCACUAGGGGCGUGGCUGGGCCCCCAAUACUUUCUUACUGUUUCUGUAUUGUGGCUCCAAUCUUUCGAGGCUUGUUACGGCCCUGCACUACCUUAGCAGAUGAUAAAUAAAACGCGUAGUAUGGUCACAGCCAUGCGAUUGAUGGAUACAUUGAGAGGCUCUUGUCAGUAUCAGUUUGAUACUUUAUCCCAUUGGCUUCCCCAAAUCAGCCGAUGAGAAUUGAUACUUUAUCCCAUUGGCUUCCCCAAAUCAGCCGAUGAGAAUUGAUACUUUAUCCCAUUGGCUUCCCCAAAUCAGCCGAUGAGAAUUGAUACUUUAUCCCAUUGGCUUCCCCAAAUCAGCCGAUGAGAAUUGAUGCUUUUCACACUUGGUACUUUGCUAGGAUGACAAAAUGGCGGCAGGAAAGGGCUUUUUAAUAUAUAUACAUAUUGUAUCAAUAUUCAGUUAAGAAUGUACUGCACUUGAUUGCUGCACAUCAUAUGCCUGGGGACAUGUGUCAUUUCAAUAAUGAGUAACUGUUUUGGACAGACCAAACUAGUCAUAGAUAAGACAAUCAUAUAUGUAUAAAUAUUAUGUUUCGAGCGAUGAUUCAUGUCUAUUAUGAGGUAUGUCCAAAUGUUCGCCUCCCCUUGCGACAGAGGGAACGGCAUUCCCAAGGAGAGUAAAAAAAAAGAUAUAUAUAUAUAUAUACUUUUAUAAUGAUUAUAUAUAUAUAUAUAUAUAUAUAUAUAUAUAUAUAAUCAUUAUAAGAGUAUAUAGGGUAUAGUUAUAUAUAAAAUUAGAUUUAUAUAUAGUUAUAUAGACACGAUCGAUUUUCACCCAUAAGUUCAAUGCAUGUAAUAAUCUAUAUGUAUAGUAAAUUAUUGUUUUACUGUCAA